GCUUUACUGCCAGAAGAAUACGGUGUGCUCAAUAGUGCGGUUGUGCUGAAAAUAUACUUCGGAACGUAGCGCCUGUCGAAUUUCCACUUAAUUUUAGAAUCGCGUGAAAACCGAAAGGAAAAACUUUUUACGAAAAUGGCGAUGAUGCGAAUGACCACAAGUAAAUUAGUUGAGUCGCAGAAAACAAUCCCGGCUCUCACUACAUUCGUGCGCAACUUUGCCAGCGAGAAAUCUUUGAAAGACGUGCUCGCCGAAAAGAUUCCUCAAGAGCAAGAAACUGUUAAGGCCUUCCGCAAGAGUCAUGGAUCAACCAAAGUUGGAGAUGUUACCGUUGACAUGAUGUACGGUGGUAUGCGUGGUAUCAAAGCCAUGGUUUGGGAAUGCUCUGUACUUGACCCAGAUGAGGGAAUCCGUUUCCGUGGAUUGUCAAUUCCAGAAUGCCAGAAAGUGUUGCCAAAGGCUGAGGGUGGUGAAGAACCAUUGCCAGAAGGUCUUUUCUGGUUGCUUCUCACUGGUGAAAUCCCAACCCAAUCUCAAGUCAAGCAAUUGUCACGUGAAUGGGCUGAACGUGCCGCUUUGCCACAACACGUUGUCACUUUGUUGAAUAACUUGCCAAACACAUUGCAUCCAAUGUCACAAUUCUCUGCCGCUAUCACCGCACUCAAUCACGAUAGCAAAUUCGCCAAAGCUUACGGUGCUGGUGUCCAUAAAUCAAAAUACUGGGAAAGCACAUAUGAAGACAGUAUGGAUCUUAUUGCUAAAUUGCCAGUUAUUGCUGCCACCAUCUAUCGUAACACAUACAAAGACGGCAAGGGAAUCGGCUCAAUCGAUCCAAAUUUGGAUUGGUCAGCCAACUACACACGUAUGUUAGGCUUCGACGAUCCAAAAUUCACAGAAUUGAUGCGUUUGUACCUUACAAUCCAUAGUGAUCACGAAGGUGGCAACGUAUCAGCUCACACAACUCACUUGGUUGGUUCAGCUUUGAGUGAUCCAUACCUUUCAUUUGCCGCCGGUAUGAAUGGUUUGGCUGGUCCAUUGCACGGUUUGGCCAAUCAAGAAGUAUUGGUUUGGAUUCAAAAAUUGCGACAGGAAGUUGGUGACAAUGUUACCGAAGACCAAUUGAAAGACUUCAUCUGGAAAACAUUGAAAUCAGGACAAGUUGUGCCCGGCUAUGGUCAUGCUGUAUUACGUAAAACUGAUCCACGGUACACAUGCCAACGUGAAUUUGCAUUGAAACAUUUGCCAAACGAUCCAUUGUUCCAUCUCGUUUCGACCGUUUACAAAGUUGUUCCACCAAUCCUCACUGAAUUGGGCAAAGUGAAGAACCCAUGGCCAAAUGUUGAUGCUCACUCUGGUGUUUUGUUGCAACACUACAAUUUGAAAGAAAUGAACUACUACACCGUUAUGUUUGGCGUAUCACGUGCUCUUGGUGUUUUGGCUCAAUUGGUUAUCUCACGUGCUCUUGGUUUGCCAAUCGAACGCCCGAAAUCAUAUUCGACACCAGCUUUGAAAAAAGUUGUUGGUGCUAAAUAAGUUUGUACAGAUUAAAAAAGACCGUCGCUUAAUUGCACUGUAAAACAAAAUGAAAAAAAAAAAGAAAAACGAAAUAAUAAAAAUUGAAAAAAAUUUACUUAAAUUAUAAAUAAUUCUAUUCCAACGAAAAUUAAUGAACAGCUGAAACAUACCAAUACACACAAAUACAAACACACAUGUAAACAAUCUAAUUCAAUUGAAUGAAUGACUUUCAAAAAUGUA